ACAAGAUGUUAGGAGCCAGCACUUUGUCACUUUUAUGUCUGUUAGCAUUUGCAAGCCUGUUCUAUGUCAAUACAGCAGAAGGCUUGUUUGAUUGUUGCUAUACCUACACCAGGAAGCCUCUGCCUCCAAAACAAAUUAAAAGUUAUGUCAUGCAGAAUUCGUAUGAAGUGUGUGAUAUAGACGCAGUAAUAUUAAUUACAAAAAGAUUCAAAGUCUGUGCCAAUCCCAAGGAUAAGUGGGUCAUGAAUAUCAUUAAAACAAAAAGCAAAGGACCGAAAAGCCCUGGGAAACGUGUGAAGCCUGCAAGUGACAGUUCUGGAAACUAAGCUCCUUUUUUUUUAACCUUUCAUAAUUUAUAUACUUGCAUCAUUAUAUUUACCUUUUUGUUUGCAAAAAGCUGCACAAAACUGGUUUCUGCUGAAACUGCUGAAUAUUUCUUUUCUAUGACAUUCUGAUCAUAUUGCAUCGUUAUUGCGUGUGCUUUUUGGAGCAUGUACACAUACAGGAUUAUUCGCUAAAAUGAAAACUGAUCUCAACCUGAAUUUUAAAUUUAAGGUCAUAUAAGCCUAAAUGGAACAAUUCAAGUAUGCUCCACAUUCAGCUGACCUUAAAUUUGAAAUUCCGAAUCAAUUUACUUUGAAUUCUCUCUUUAGUGUUUUUGUAUAUUGGGCUUUCAAUGGUGUAUGUGUAUAUUCCCUAUUUCUUUGAAUGAAAGUAUAAUAAAGGUCCUAUAUUUUGUCUUGCCUGGAGAAAUUCAA